AUGUUCCAUUGGUGUUCCCCUUCCGGCUCUCCUGCUGCCACUUGUCCUUCCAUGCCCUCGGCGACCUGUGGUGCUGGCUGUCCCUCAUCCUCUACCUUCCUUUCCGCUUUGCUCUCCCCUCCUUCUCCAGCGUCUCCUGACCGCUCUUCUCCGCCGUCGCUCCUCAGCGCCAUGGUAUCUCCCGGGUGCUUCAUCCCUUUCCGCGUAGCUUCCCGUCCUCCUCUCCACCGGUACCCCCUUUUGACGUUCUUCCCGUGCUUCCUCCUCUAG